AUGGCUAUAGCGACUGCCACCACCAGUGGACACUGUCAACUCAAGAGACAAAUGCGUUACCAUCCUUUGAGUGCUUGCCUGAUCCUAAUUAGGGCUUGGAUCGAGAGUUGGGACGCCAGUAAUCUCAAUCAGCGUAAGAAAAUUGAAUUAUGCGAGCUUACUAUGCAAACCCAGAUCAGUCCCACUGAUAGCAGCACGAGAAUAUAUUAUUCAUCGUUCUGCAACCAUUUAGUAGGAGCACGAAAAAUAUUUAUUCUAUAUCCUGAUGCUCACACUCUGUAA